GAGGGUAAAGAGAGAGAGAAAGCACGAGGGACAGAUGUGGAACUGAGUUGAGGGAGACUGACGAUCUGAGAGGAGAGAGAAAGAGAGAGAAAGAAAGAAAGAAAGAAAGAAAGAAAGAAAGGAGACCAACCACAUCCUGAGAGGACCUGAGAAACACACAGUGGAACCUGCAAUUCACCCAUUUGGGUUUCUGGUUUCCCACCAAAGUAAAAGAAAGUCAAAACUCCACAUGGGACUUUAAUGACAGAGUUGCCUGUGAUACUGGACUGUAGUGCAUCGGCGGCUAAGGACUUAGAAAGGGACACUGAGGUAAAACUUUGUACUUUUUUCCUGUGUUAUCAUUUAAACUAUCCAUGCAGCAGUGGGAAGUCCAGGUGUCACAGUAGCAAACGAAGCCCAGAGCAGAGCUAGCUAAUUGGUUGAACAGCAGAGCACGGUGACGCUGACGAUGUCCUUCGCCAUGGUGCGGCCAGCGCCCAGCCGGUACCUGUACUCCGACAUCUCCAUGCUGUCCGAGGACGAGGAGAACGGCAACGAGAGCUCGGGCUCCGACGACCGCUCCUUCCGGCUGGACGCCAGAGGUUAUGACAUCAAGGUCGGGGGCCGCAAAAGGAAGCCGGGAAGCGUCGGAGCGGGCCGUCUGGGAGGGGGUCAGCUCCCGCCCCAGAUGUCACACUUGCAGGUCUCGGACGGAUCCAUCUCUCCGUCGAGCGGGCUGCCACGGCAGCGCAACGCAGCUAACGCUCGGGAGCGGGACCGCACCAACAGCGUGAACACGGCCUUCACCGCCCUGAGGACCCUUAUCCCCACCGAGCCGGCCGACAGGAAGCUGUCCAAGAUCGAGACGCUGAGGCUGGCGUCCAGCUACAUCUCCCACCUGGGCAACGUGCUGCUGGUCGGGGAAAUGUGUGGGGACGGGCAGCCCUGCCACGGGCAGCCCUCUUCUGCUCACUACUUAAAUCACCAUGGUUCGCCGGGGCCCGACGCAGAGAACUCACAGCCCAAACAGAUCUGCACCUUCUGCCUCAGCAACCAGAGGAAAAUGAGCAAAGACAGGCAAAAAACUGCUCUAAGAAGUUAAUAUCUGGAGGACGACAGAAUAUGGACCAGAACUGUGGACCAAAAACUUGACAUGCUUAAGGUGUACAUAAAUAUAAAUCAGUAUUUAAUUAUAUUCCAAAAAACCCAGAAAAAAACAAUUCAGAACUGCUAAAUUUAGUUUCUGAAUAGGUAAUCAUGUUUUGAUUGAAAGAGACGGUGGGACUUCAUGGACGGUGGAAGCAUGCCCUGGCUCAAAGGGGGGUAUCAAGAAUCAUUUUUCCUCUAAAAAAACAUUCUACACUUCUCAUGACCUCACAAAGACUCGAAAAGAGAACACCAAAAAUCGGUCUUUUUUUUUCUUUACCAGAGAACGUCUGCUUACGUAGACUGACAAUGCUGUAACUUUAGAACCACAACAGCCUCCGCACGAGACGGACUCCUGAGAUGAGCCACAGUGUAACUAGAAGGAGUGUGGUAAGGAGGGACUUUAAAGGACAAGGGCAGGCAAAACUGGAACUAAUGGUUGACUAUCUGGUUACUUGCUGGAAAGUAACCAGACUGUUCCACAAGCCAAAUAUAUAACACAGCUUUCACUUGAAGUUUUACUGAGUUUUACUGGUCAGUGAGUUUCUACCCCCAUGGACAACUGCCUUUCUCCUGAAGAAGACAGGACAACAUGCAGGGGCUUGAUGCUAUUGGAUGUGCUGUACAGUAUUUGUAAGAAUGUUUUAAAAUUCAUAUGACUAAAUAAA